AUGGGGAGAAAACUAUCCGGUGAUAAAGAUGUGGUGAAAAGAGGAGCAUGGAGUCCUAAGGAAGAUAAAGUCCUUGCAGACUACAUCAAAACACAUGGAGAAGGAAAAUGGAGCCAUGUUGCUAAGAAAACUGGGUUGAAGCGGAGUGGGAAAAGUUGCAGACUGCGAUGGUUGAAUUAUCUUAGGCCUGAUGUUAAGAGAGGCAACAUUUCUCCCGAAGAAGAAGACCUUAUUAUCAGAAUGCACAAGCUUCUUGGAAACAGGUGGUCCCUCAUCGCUAGAAGAUUACCAGGUCGGACAGACAAUGAAAUCAAGAACUUCUGGAAUAUUAAUUUGAGCAAGAGAGUUGCAGAGGCAAGACCACAUCGAAUCAAGAUUAAUGCUAAAAAUGAUGGCGCUGAUGAAGGUGGUAAUUGUACUGCUAAUGAUGAUCAGGUUCAGGUGAUUCAAAGUAUAACAUUAAAUUGCACAAAGGCAGCUGCCAUGAUCCCAUCGCAUCAUCAUCUACAUGAUGGUGAUAAAAGGUUCAAUAUUCAAGAUCAAAGAGUCGCUGAUGACAUCUCGUCUAGCAGUUUUCUAAGGGACUUGGACAAUUUCAUCAAUGACGUUUUGCACGAGUCCGAAAUCAAUGGAGAUCAAAAUUAUGUGGUGGAUGAUCAAGAAGGGGAGUAUUGA